AUGAAUGCCAGAAGAAUCCGAUACCGCAUUUUCCCAUGUCGCUUGAACCGUCGCUGGUCUAUACUUGCUCUGGUUCUGAUCGUCUACUUCCUAAUAUGCCAUCUCCCGGGUCCUCCAGCAACCCAGAACAAUACGCGAGCUGACCGACCACCGCCAAAGCACCGCGUGGACGAACAACCUCAUUUCCUCUACCGCUCGCCAUUUCGACAGAAUCCCGAUCUCGAGUAUGAGAAACGUCUCUCAGAUGAUCUUCAAAAGCUCGAACAGGAGGCCCUUACCCGUCACGGGAGGAGCAAUAUAGCAGAGAAUCGCAUCUGGCAGAUCGCUCAGGACGAAGACCAUCGGGGAUCAGACUCGAUCUCGUUCGAGAAGCGGAAUACAGACUGGAUGUAUACUCUAGUAACAGACGCCAAAGCCCUUGAAUUCGUAACCAACGAACUAUCCGCCAUCCCCGACAUCGCAUCCGUCUAUAAGUCCUACCCGCAUAACGUCCUGCGCGCAGACCUCCUCCGCUACCUUCUGCUCUGGUACUAUGGGGGCUUCUACGCAGACACGGACGUCUUUGCCGCAAAGCCGAUCAAGAAGUGCCGGGCGCUGCAGCCUGUAUUUGCAGCCACGUCUGAUGGAGAUCGCAGGGAAAGCGUCUCUCCGGAGGUAUCCCUCGUCGUCGGUGUCGAAGUCGACGAGCCCUAUGCGACAAGGCAGUUCAUGCAUGACUGGCACUGGACCCGGAGCUACGGGUUCAUCCAGUAUACGAUGUACGCGCCGCGGCGGUUCAGCCCUCUUCUGAGAGAGACGAUAGUGCGGGCACUUUCCCACACCCGACAGCACGAUGCGAAGUACUUUGGUCUGUUUCGCUCGUGGCGGUAUAAUGAAAAGGCUAUCUUGGGGGUGACGGGGCCGGACGUCUUUACGGACACGAUCCUCGACACGCUCUCGUCGUCCCUCCCGCCCACGCAUCCACUCGUGCAGGACUCUGUUAGCGCUGAAGCGGAGGUCAGAGACCUUGUCUCGCGGGAGACAGGGAAGACGCAGAAGCGUGUCACAUGGGCUCCAUUCCAUAGGCUCCACGAUACUAUCUGCAUCGACGCAGGCGAGGCGAUGCCGACAGCGCCUAUGGGAGGCCUCUGCGUGUUACCGAUUAGCGCAUGGGGGAAUGGACAGAGACACAGCCAGGCAGAGGGGUUUAACAGUCCGCAGGCGUGUAUUAAUCAUCGGUUUGGCCGGACGUGGAAGAAGGGGUGGUGGGAGUACAUAUUCGGGUAA